GGAGGGCGGGCCAAGGGUAUUUGAAGGCAGAGCCACCGCCCCGCAGCCAGCGCCCGCACCACUUUGCCAGGAGCCACCCGGAGAGAGCGAGAGAGACGCAAGGAAAAUGGCAGACAGUUUUUCGCUUAAUGAUGCCUUAUCUGGGUCUGGAAACCCAAACCCUCAAGGAUGGCCUGGUGCAUGGGGGAACCAGCCUGGGGCUGGAGCAGGGGGCUACCCAGGAGCCUCUUAUCCUGGGGCCUAUCCCGGGCAGGCACCUCCAGGGUCCUACCCUGGACAGGCACCACCUGGAGCCUACCCAGGGCAGACACCUCCGGGGCCCUAUCCUGGACAGGCACCUCCUGGUGCCUACCCUGGCUCAACUGCACCUGGACCUUAUCCUGGACCUCAGGCACCUGGAGCCUACCCAGGGCAACCAGGUGGGCCUGGGGCCUACCCACCUCCAGGACAGCCAAGUGCUCCUGGAGCCUACCCUGCUGCUGGCCCCUAUGGCACCCCUGCUGGACCACUGACUGUGCCUUAUGACCUGCCCCUGCCAGGAGGAGUCAUGCCUCGCAUGCUGAUAACAAUUAUGGGUACUGUGAAGCCCAAUGCAAACAGAAUUGCUUUAGACUUCAAGAGAGGGAAUGAUGUUGCCUUCCACUUUAACCCACGUUUCAAUGAAAACAACAGGAAAGUCAUUGUGUGCAAUACAAAGCUGGAUAAUACAUGGGGAAAGGAGGAAAGACAGUCGGUUUUCCCAUUUGAAAGUGGUAAACCAUUCAAAGUAAGUGGUUGCUACUAUUAUAUAUUAAUAAUAUGUAUUUCUCAAGGGAAGUCACUCUAAAACCACAGCACAUUGAAAUGAUUUUUUACCAGCUGUCCUGAGGCACCAAACCAGCCUGUCUCCUCCCUACCUUUACACUUUGCAGGCUAAGAAAAUGGCUGAGAGUGAGACAUUCCCUAAUUCCUUGCAGGCAUUUCACCAUCAUCACAGUGGCCACCCACCCUCACUGCAAGCUAACGAUUUUCUAGAAAUUAAUAAAAAAUGGCAGAAAGUCUUUAUGUCAGUUAUUUCCCUAAAACAAUAUGGUUGGCAUAAAAUCAAAAGGAAAU